AUCGAAGUUGUGGCAUUGAACCAAUAACGUGAAUGGAUACGUUAAAUAAAUUUGUGCGGAAAUUUGCGCUACAAGAAGUAGACACGUUUUAAACUUUAUUAGUUGUAAGGUUGGUGUGUUUAAAUGAUCAUCUUGCGUUUUUUGAACUGACUCAAAUUGUCACAAAAAAAAAAGUUCUGUAUCUUGAGUUGGUUCUGUUAAUUUUUUUUCACGCAGAUAAAUUCAAAAAUGUCACGCCUGGCGUCAUUGAUUGUUCUCAUACUUUACAGUACCACAUUAUGUAAUACCUCUCAUCAACAAAUAGUAGGACAGAAUGAUACGCUCUGUAAAGCAUCAGAUGUUCAAGAGAGAAACUGUACAACUACUGGGACUCCUCCAGAUACUCGAUCAAGCAGCACUGAUCACUCAAGAGGUCACUCUAACCAUGUAGCAAAAAAUUUCUCCAAAUGUGGUCAAUCAUCUACAAUGCUACCUCGAAAAAUCUUAGGUGGAUAUCAUGUCCAGUCAGGUGAUUGGCCUUGGAUUGUAGCCUUGGGAUAUCGUAGAGGUACAAAUACAACUAUAUUAUGGCAAUGCGAAGGUACCCUGAUUUCAGAUACUUGGGUUAUUACAGCUGCUCACUGCGUUCAAGGGAUGGGAAGUCUCGUUUUAACAACUGUUCGUGCGGGAGAUUUAGAUUUGAAUGAUGAAGUUAAAGAUGGAGCCUCGCCUGUAGAUAUCAAAGUGAGCCAAAGCAUUGUUCAUCCGGAAUUCUUAACCAGACCACCCAUAAAUGACAUAGCUUUAUUACGUUUAAAUAGUUCGAUUAAGUUUAAUGAAAACAUCAGUGCAAUUUGUCUGCUCAAUAAAGAGGAAUAUAAAAGUGAUAAGGUUUACGAACGAAAAAUACCAUAUUAUGUUGUUGGAUGGACGCUCGCAUACACACAGCAAGAAAGCUCGAGAUCAAAAAUGAUACAGGAAUUUGAAGUGGAAAUAGAAGAUGUGAAAACUUGUUCUGAAAAAUAUAAGUCUGAAGGAUAUCAUGACAAGACGCUGAUUAAUGAGAGAGUGCUGUGUGCAAAUCAUCAUUAUCACAAUAAGGAUUCUUGUUAUACUGAUUCUAAAGGUCCAAUGAUGAUACCGCACAAUGGCAGCAUUUAUUUGGCUGGAAUUUCAUCGUAUGGACUAAAAUGUUCUCAUUUACCUGCGGUCUAUACCAGGGUAGCAUACUUCACCGAUUGGAUCAGAAAUACUACAGGAAUUUAAAUCCAGUGAAUACAAUAGUGAUAAUAUUAGAUCGAAAAGGGUGAUGUGAUGAAGAGGGAGUAUAGGUAUAGACGAAAUUAGGUGGAUAGAUAAAAAUAUGGUUUCUGUUACAUUUAUAUUUUUUCAAAAAAUAAAUUACGUUCUUAUGCA